AUGAAGCCUUCAAGACCUCCUGUUUGCACAAUUGCAAACCCAAUAAUCGUUUAUGACCAAAGAAUGCCUAGACCAAAUUCUACUAAAAAUGCUCCUGAUACUCGUUAAAUUAUUAGAUGCAUAUCAUCAAAUCAUGAAACACAACCAGUGACUUAUGCAUACUUUCCCACUUAACCUAGGUAUUUAAUUUUAAUAUAUAAGAGCUUCAAGUCCAACUGCUAUUACAAGAAUACCUAAUCCAGAACAGAUUUUUGUUAAUUAAUUUCAAAAUUUGCCUACAGAAAGCUUUCCUAUGCAACAUAAAAAAGCAGUCAGCAUAGAAUAUAAUCCUACUUAAUAAGAACAGUAAUAGAAAUAUAUCUAUGAAAUCAAUCAAAAAAAUUAAGCUAUUCUAGAUUUGUAAGAAUAGGUAUCUGAAUUGCAAAAUAAAUUUUCAGAAAAAGUAAAUGAUUAUACAACAUUAAAAGAGAAAUUUGAAAUUGAAUUCAAAAAGUUUUAAGAAGAAAUUUAACUCCAAAUCAAAGGUAUUGAUCUUAACAUUUAACUUAAUGAUUACACAUCAUAUUUUAUGUAAGAAAUUGAUAAGAAAGUAAUCAAUUUAUAAAGUAACAUAAACUCUUAAAUCGAUGAAAUGAAAACAGAUUUAGAAAAUAAAAUUAAAUAAAAUGAACAUUUAUCUAAAAAUCUUCUUUCUAAUACUACUAUUCGAUUAAAUUAAGAUGAACAACAUUUUUAAUAAGAACUCUAAAUUUUGUAAAAUAAAUUAGAAUAAAAAGUUGAUCGAAAUAGAGCUGAAUAAAUUAUUGCUCAAUCAGUUACUAUUAUGUAAUAACAAUACUAAACUCAAUUAUAAUAAGCUCAUUAAUUAAUUGCUAAAAUAAAUUCAGAUAAAAGUGAUGAAAUUAAUAAAAUCAGAACAACUAUUAAUAACUCUUUACUUUAAGUGAAUUAAUAAGCAUAAAAGUAGAUUGAAUCUAUGUUAGAUAUGGUAAAUGAGGGUUAUUAAACUUAAUAAACUUUUAAUUAGAAUUCUUAACAAAUUAAAUAAUAAUAUAAAUCUUUGGUUUAAAAAUUUUCAUUAAUUUAAUAAUAGUAUACUUUAAAAAUUUAAGAAAAAGAUUAAAAAAUAAAAGCAAUCUAAAAAUAAAAUGAUGAACUUUAAAAAGAGAUCGAAUAGUCUUAAUUAAUUAUUUAAAAAUAAUAAUAAGAACUUUAUAAAAUAUCAUAAAACAAUAAAAUUUUAAAGUCUCCUUAUGUUCAAUAAAUAUAAUCUCCUAAAAAUUUAAAAUCUAAUAGUUUUUACACAAAUUCGACUAGUGCUGGAUUGAAUUUUACAAAAAAUAGACCUUAAAGUGUUUCAAAAAAAUUGAAAAAAUAGCCAAAUCCUCAUCAAUUUGAAAUUAGUCUAGAUGAUUUUGCUGAUUUUAAUGAGAAUUCAAUUUUAGAUUCAAAUGAUAGUAUUGAAUUUAUAACAGGAAAAUCAAGCAGAAUUUAAUCACCUAAAAACCCUUUUAAAUCUUCACAAUUAAUUAAUAUCAAUAGAUUAUUGAAUGAAGAUUUUGUAAAGGCACCAUAAAUUGGGAGUGCAAAAAAGAAAUAAUAAGAAAAUAUCCCUCCUUUGCAUUAAGCAAUCAAACGAAGUAAAAAUAUAAUAUUAUUUAUAGGGUUACUUUAUUUGGGCAAAUAAUAAAAGACAUUACUUUGUACAUAUUAAGGAGAAUAACUAUGUGAUGCUGAAAUGGGUAUGCAACUUUUAGAUGAUAAUGGUAAACCUUUUGUCAUUAGUGAAAUUGAAAAGAAUGAACUAAUAGCAAAAUAACUUAUAUCACUAAUUUGA